CUCAAGUUAUUUCAAAACAUGUUUAACAUCACGUCCAGCUGAACAAUGAAAUAAUGUAUGCUAGAUUGUCACUCUUAUCCUUCAAUUCCUGAGGAGUUCACAUUAGUACAUAACGUGUCUGUCAAUUAGUGAUGACAUGUUUCAUAGAGGGCAGUCUAUGUUUUCCCGCAGUGUGUUUCACAGCACAGCAUUUCACUGCCGGGUUGAGGACGACGCACAAUGACGGAAACUGACGGGGUCCAGCUUCAGAAAAUAACCCACGCCAAAGGAAAUGGCGUGGACAACCAGGCUUUUGAAUCAGAGGAGGAUGGCAUUACUGAAACGAAUGACUUCAAAAGUCAAACCAAUGAGACUAAAAAGGGAUUGGGAUCAUACUUAAGCCAAGUUUCCAAGCCGAUAAAUGCCACACAGGAUUACAUCAAGGCUCAUUCACAAACCUUCAAAUAUGUUGUGCUGGGCAUACUUGGAGCAGGUUAUGUGGCUUACUUCAUCGCAGCCUGUGUAUUGGAUUUCCAGAGGGCCAUCGCUCUUGUAGUCCUCACCAGUUUAGCUAUUGUUGCUAAAUCAUAUGAACUUCUGAAGGAGUACAAAGGAAAAAGCAUCAGUCAGUGUUUCAGCCCUGCUGUGAGAUGCUUCAAAUCCAACUCUAAAUGGCUAACAUGGGUCUUUAUCUUAGCAGUUGUGGCCCUGCUUGUACUGUGGCUCGCCUUAAACACGGGAACUGAUCAGCUAAUUUCGUUUGGAGGUGUGUGUCUGUUCCUCGUGCUUCUGUAUCUCUUGUCAGCACACAGGACAGCGGUGUCAUGGAGGCCUGUGUUUUGGGGUCUUGGGAUGCAGUUCUGUAUCGGCCUUUUUGUUAUAAGAACCACGGUCGGAUUCAUAGCGUUUGAAUGGCUUGGAAAACAAGUGCAGAUAUUCCUUGACUAUACCAAAGAAGGGUCCAGAUUUGUUUUUGGGGAUCUGAUCGAUAACAUAUUUGCCUUUCAAGCUUUGCCCAUUGUUGUGUUCUUCAGCAGCGUGAUGUCAAUACUUUACUUUUUGGGAAUAAUGCAGUGGCUCAUUUUGAAGAUCUCAUGGGUUAUGCAGAUAACGAUGGGAACCUCUCCCACAGAGACCUUGAGUGUGGCAGGCAAUAUAUUUGUUGGACAGACUGAAGCGCCGCUGCUGAUCCGCCCUUAUUUAAUUGACAUGACCAAAUCUGAGAUCCAUGCUGUUAUGACUGGUGGAUUUGCCACCAUUGCAGGCAGUGUUAUGGGGGCAUUCAUCUCAUUUGGGAUUGAUCCGUCCUCCUUGAUUUCAGCCUCUGUAAUGGCUGCUCCUUGCGCUUUGGCCAUCUCCAAACUUUCUUACCCAGACAGAGAGAGUGCCUUCAAGUCAGACAAGAGUAUUAAAGUGGCUGCUGGUGAUGAACGGAACAUCCUGGAGGCUGCUAGCAAUGGAGCGUCUGCCUCAAUCGGGCUUGUUGCAAACAUUGCUGCAAAUCUGAUAGCCUUCCUAGCCAUACUCGGGUUCAUAAAUGAAGCAUUGAGUUGGUUGGGCGGUAUGGUGGGAUACCCUUCAAUCACAUUUCAGUGGCUUUGCUCCUAUGUAUUCAUGCCGGUGGCCUUUGUGAUGGGAAUACCGUAUGAGGAGAGUUUCACUGUGGCUGAACUCAUCGGGACAAAGCUCUUCCUCAAUGAGUUUGUGGCUUAUCAGAAACUCUCUGCACUGAAGACCAACAGACUCAGUGGAAUUGACCAAAUUGUGGGAGGACAAUUACAAUGGUUAUCAGUCCGGUCAGAAAUAAUCAGCACUUAUUCUCUUUGUGGAUUUGCUAACUUCAGCUCACUUGGUAUUAUGAUUGGAGGCCUGACCUCAAUAUGCCCUUCCAGAAGAAAUGACAUCUCCUCUAUGGUGUUGAGAGCUAUGCUCACUGCAACUACUGUGUCUCUCAUCAAUGCUUGUAUUGCAGGGAUCCUCUUUGUUCCAUUGGACUGCGUGAAUCUGUUCACUACAUCAGUUUUCAAUGCAACUGAUGUAGAUAUUCAAACUUGCUGCCAAGACCUCUUUCAAAAAAGCACUGAUAUCAACGGGACCAUCUCAUUUGAAGAAUCGUGGAGCACAGUUACAAACGUCACUGUGUUUCUCGCUAAAUGCUGUCAGUGCUGUAAUCUCUCUGAUGUGCCAGUUUGUUUCUAGGGGAGAAGAGACACACCAGUGUAGUUAAUUUACGGGUCUUUCUUUACCUGUGUUGUAUAUUUGUAUCACAGUUAAUGUAAAAAUGUGACACAAGAUGAAUGUAUCUUUCAUGUAUAGUUUUGUAAUUUUAUGCAGAUUUUAUUUAAAGGAUUUAAAGGACAAUCCUUAAGAAAUAUACUUUGUCAAAUAUUCUGGCAUCAAAAGUUUGAUUAGUGUGAAUAUUUAAAAUUAAAUGAAGUGAUUAAAUAAUGUUACAAAGUUAUUCAUUUUAAACAUUUUUAUUAAAAAAAAGAAAUUU